AGCGCAUAUUGGCUUGAGGAAAUUGUUUCCACGGGUCCAUUCUAUUACUAGCUUCCCAUUUGGUUUCACUGGUCAUCUCGUACAUCACAAUGGCGGAGAAGAAGGACGAGAUGGGCGCUGUGACGCAACAGUUGAGCGCAGUUGAUGAUGAUAUGCACAAGUCAGGGAUUGUGAAGGAGGCGAAUGUUGCCUCAGUUGCUCUGGCUGCCGCUGUCGAGGCUCAAAGGCCGAAGUUGUGGUCUCGAAGCAUGAUCCAGCUCUACGGUAUCAUGGGCGUCGGCUAUCUUGUCUCAACACUCAACGGGUUUGACUCAUCUCUUAUGGGUUCAAUCAAUGCCAUGAAGGCUUAUCAAAAUACCUUCGGUCUGACUGGCGAGGGUUCCUCCACGGGAAUCAUCUUCAUCAUCUACAAUUUAGGUCAGAUCGCUGCGUUUCCGUUCUGUGGCUUCUUCGCCGAUGGCUACGGCCGCCGGGUCUGCAUCUUAGUCGGCUGUGUGCUCGUCCUCCUCGGCACUGCUAUCCAGGCAUCAGCUCACGGCAUGGGUCAGUUCAUUGCAGGCCGUUUUUUGCUUGGUUUUGGUGCUUCAAUUGCCUCUGCCGCAGGCCCUGCCUAUACUGUUGAGUUGGCGCAUCCUGCGUAUAGGGGGACGAUGGCCGGAAUGUACAACAACUUCUGGUGGGUAGGUAACAUUCUCGCUGGAUGGACAACCUACGGCACCAAUCUCCACCUAAGCAACUCCUCUUGGGCCUGGAGACUCCCCACCGCUGUUCAAUGCAUCCUCCCAAGUAUCGUUAUGGGACUGAUCAUGUUCUUCCCCGAAACUCCCAGAUGGCUACUAGCCCAUGACCGUAGGGAAGAAGCUAUUGCAAUCAUGGCUAAGUACCAUGGCGAUGGCAAUCCGAAUGCUCCUAUCGUACAACUCCAGCUCCGCGAGAUCACUGAGGACUUCGCUGUAACGCGGAACGACAACCCAUGGUGGGACUUCCGCGAGCUUGGCAAUACCCGCGCUGCCAGAUACCGGUUGGCAAUGGUCAUCGCAAUGGCCUUCUUUGGACAAUGGUCUGGCAACAACGUCGUAAGCUAUUUUAUGCCGUCCAUGGUAAAGCAGGCCGGUAUUACAGAUCCCAACAAACAGCUUCUGAUCAACGCUAUCAACCCAAUCUUCUCUAUGCUUGCAGCCAUCUAUGGCGCGACAUUACUAGAUAGCCUCGGUCGUCGCAAGAUGCUCAUGGGCGGCUUAACGGGCGGCCUAUUCGCCUACGUCCUCUUGACUGCUUUCACAGCUACCGCCACGCCUGAAAACAACCUUGCGUAUGGAACUAUCGUUUCGAUCUAUGUCUUCGGCAUCUGCUUCGCAUGGGGUUGGACACCACUUCAAACUCUCUACGCCGUCGAGUGCCUUGAGAACCGUACACGUGCGAAGGGCUCUGGUGUCAACUUCCUCUUCCUCAACGUCGCCAUGGUCGUCAAUACAUACGGUAUUUCAGUCGGUAUGGAGAAGAUUGGAUGGAAGCUGUACUUGGUGUAUAUUGGGUGGAUCUGUGUUGAGCUCGUAGUCAUCUUCUUCUUCUUUGUUGAGACGGCUGGGAAGACGCUAGAAGAGCUGAAGGAAAUCUUCGAUGCGCCGAACCCAAGGAAUGCAUCACUAAAGCGUGCAAAAGUUGAGAUUGAUGAGCGUGGCCAGGUUCUCAACGUUCAUGAGUCAUGAGGACAAUUGGUGGCCUAGGUCGGGACGGUUCUUGUACAAAGAUCGAGGCUUCUAGCGUUCCGUAAGCGUUGUAUACGAUCCUACCCC